CUGGUUAUGUUUUCGUGUGUUUUUUUCGCUGCAUUUGGGUCGAGUUUGUGACUUCUGACACUUCGAAUACCAAUGCCUCUGCCACUUUCUUUCGAAGAUGGAAAGCUGUCACUUUUUCUACUGUUUAGCGACUACAGAAAAAGCUCGUCUCUGCACUUACGCGCGUCACUUUUUUCGCAUGUACCACCGAAAUUCGUUUCUCGUCUUGAUUGCACAAUUGUGUGUAGCAUGAUGACUUCUUUCGUUGACGCCUGACCUUCCGUUUUCCUCCAGUGGUCAUUUUCUUCCGUGUCCUUUUUUGCCGUCAAAUGCUUUUCUGGUGUGUAGCGGACACGGGCAUCGCUGGUCCUUUUUCGCAAGAAAACGAAUCAUUAGAACCCCAUGGUCUUUCGUUGUGUGUAAUUUCGCAUCACUGUCUUUGAGGCACGAACUCUUCCACUGAAUUUUUUUUUACACCCCAGUAGACACCUCUACGUUAUCAUCUGAUGCUGCUAGCAUUCGUGUGGCAUCUCGUGGGCACUCAUGCCUUUUUCCGAGCACUGUUCAAAAAGUAAGGCGCAUGAGUACUGGCAGGCAAGUUUGCUUUUAGUGUUGUCAUGGCGGGUUCUGUAAGUGGUGGAGCGUCUCCUCCUACUGGCCCAGCGUCUUCUUUGCCAUCUACGACGUCUCUCUCUCCUGACACUGGAGGGGCUUCUGUCGGCUCAAUCCCAGGUCUUCCUAAGUACAUUUUGGAAACUCGAAGGAAGGACCUGAAAGGAAAAUCGGGUGUCCCGCCUCAAGUGCUUAAUGAACGAGGAGAGCGGCUGAGUUCUACCGGCGACCCCUGUGUAACGACUGGUGCUCCUGUAAACCAUCCUCAAAGACAAGGUUCAAUCACGGGUUUCUCGAUGGCCGCCAUUGGUCGGCCUGACCCUUUGUCCUUCACUUCCCUUCACAUGCACAGAGGUCCACUCACUUCGUCUUCAGAAGGGGCCCCUUCCUCACAGCGCAGCGUUGGUGAGUGGGACUCUUCCUCAUCUCAUUCGAAGGUCGUAGAAAGGUCAUCAAGAUUCGGGGUUCCCGAUUUGAAGAAGGCACAUGAAGGUGACUCCUUCAUCCAACCUCAGGGAAGCGAGAGGAUAACUUCCGCUGCAGCACCUUCCCCUUACCACGUUGCUCCUCCUGAAUCUUCGUCUUCUUGUAGUCAAGGGUGGAUAGGCGACUGCGACUCUCGCAGGACGAAUGCUUCUCCCGAUUUCCCCCCACCAUCAACAGGAACACAAUCUCCUCGUCACGAUCUCCCGGGUGAGCGAAAGCCGUACAGUGCAUCUGAACGCGCAUCCGUGUCCACUGCUCACCACCCCUUCACGUUGCCGGUUGCCUCCUUAUCCGGCCGUUUAGAAUCUUUCGUAGAUACCUCUGCUAGAAUCAGUUCCUCUCUAACUUUCUGCGAAGGUGUAGGAUCGAGGGCGGCAACAGUGCCCCCCGACCAGUCGAAAGAAAUACCACUCAAUUCCUCGCGCCACCAGAUGGGUUGCCUUCCUUCUUCCUCACACGAAGGUUUCCGCUCAACGAAUGGGGAGUACUUACCAGUGUCGGCCACAUGGGCAGGCCCAAGCACUGGAAACGCUCUUUCAAACGGGGCAACUGCAGUGGAGGGGCGCGACGCAGAACAGCUGACCCGAAUGGACGGAAUGGAAGAUGACGACGACGAUUUUCUCGGGGAUUCCUUUGUUGUUGUAGAAGCUGUUGAAGGCCGAGAGGAGGUUCCUGGAUGUGCUUUUUCUCCUUCCCCUCUCCGCUUCCCGAGUCACUGCUUUUCCGCGGACGGUUUAUGGGACUCAGAAGGGCCUCAUGGGGAUUUCGCUGUUUCUGUCUCCGAUCCUGAGACUCGGUCUACGGGACCUCUGGGGAGAUUUACGCUGUAUCUUGUUAGCGGUCGGACGGUCGCUGGGGCGCCAUUUGCAUGCAGGAAACGGUACAGCGACUUUGAGUGGCUUCGAAUGCAGCUCGUUCAGGCUUUCCCGGGUGUCUUUGUGCCCCCCAUUCCCCGGAAACAGAAGCUCGGACGAUUUGAUAGUUCUUUUGUUGAGAAUCGUCGUCAGGGUCUACAGGAGUUUCUCCAGAGGCUGUUCCGACGUCGCCACUUAGCAAAGUGUUCCGUCUGCGUUGGGUGGUUGACUCGGAGUCCAGAGGGGGGAAUGGACCAGUUCAAGAAGGAGGUUGCCGCUCGCCCUUUGGCUGAGCAGCUUGGGGAAUUUCAAGAGAUCUUCCGAGCGCAGCUGGGCGAAUCUACCGGCCGAGGCACACGCGCAGAAAGCGAUCGGUUCAUUGUAUUCAAGCAGUUUUUGGGAAAACAACUGACAACUCUGGAAGAACUGCACCGCCACUUCAGUCGACUGGCUUCUCUCAGUCGUUCGCAGUUCGGCUGCGUAUCCGCCUUACAGAAUUUACUCAGAGAUGUUUGUUCCAGCGAAGAAAAUCUCUUGAGACAGAUUCCGGAUCUACCGAUUCCAGCGGUACGCUGCGAACUCGCGACUCUCGUGUCUCUGCAGCGGGCUUGCUUGGUCGCAUCGCCCGCACACAACUACGAUGUCAUGCAGCAGGUCGUGGCAAAAGAGUUUGACGAUACGGAGUGCAUGCUGGAAGCAGUCGCCGGACUUGAGCGCUUGGUUCAGCUGAAGCAUCAAGCUCAGGCGCAGAUUGGACGCGAGGAAAACUCGCUUCGACACGUUCUAAGAAGCGCUCGGGGGAGUUGGCUGCAAACUUUUGUGCACCGGAAGGACAAAGAUGCACAGAUCGCAGAGCUCCGUGCUUCCAUUGAGGCUCUCAAGCUGCAGGUUCAAGUCUUGGAACAGUGGGCAGAGGCGUCACGACUCGUUUGGGUAACGAUGGAGAUGCCCAAGCUGGUUACAGCGAAAAGCAUUGCUUUCACGCGGGCAGCACAUGCAUUCAUCGAUCGGCAGCAGCAGCAGUUUCUUCAGGAAGCUCGCAUAUGGCAAGCGUACUGGCUCCGCACUGGCGCCUCUGCGUCCACGGCACUUUCUGAUCAACCAGCGUCACAGCCGAGACGCCCUAGCGAACCGGAGAGUACGCGAAAGCUGUAGAGAGGAACAACGCACUGAGCAAACGUGUGCCGCCAUUUUGGAGGAGAUAUGUUAUAAUUCGACACGCAAUGAGUCAGAAGUGCCAUACUUUUACCGGAUUCAGUGCUUGGCUUUUGAGUGAGAGGGAACUCUCACACGUCCACGCCGUCUCGUAUGUUUGAGCAUGCCCUCUGCUUUUUCUAUCGAUUUUCAUUGGUGUAGGGAGUAUACUUCAGCAUGCGCGUGUGCUUGUGGUGCAGUAACGAGGUGAACGAGGAGGUAUUCAUACCAGCUGAGAGCACUGCCUCGGAUUUCUGUCACGAAAAACGGGCUCAAGUGCAAGGAAUUUGUGCGGUGUCACAGGGGCCAUGAGGAAGAGGGUGUGGAGUCGAAAUCGCAAGUGAGGCAUCCAUGUAGUGGUCGCAUUUCUUUGGUCAGCCGUCUGCCCGAAAUCAGGGAACCCUUUGUUUUUUGGCGUCAAUGCCUUCAGUCAGGAAACUUGUCUGCACCGACUUUUCUGCAGUCGCCACAUGAAAUCCUUUGUAUAAAACUCCAGGUUACCGAUUUAUCAAAAGGGGAGUAUUAUAAUUGACAAGGAAUAUCGGGCUGACGGUUUUGGCGCUGAUGCCUUGCACCUCUAGUGGUUGCCUGUCAGUUUGCCACAACAGUAGAACUAUGCUGAGAACAGUUGUUCGGCUGUCAGAUCCCGAGGAUCAUCUGUAGCUGAACAUUGACAGUGUGAAUAGAUUCGGCAUAGCUACUUAGUUAUCCCGCCAUAUCGCACGUGGCAAUGAUACAAGCGACCGAGCAGGGAUCGGCUGGUACAUGCCUAGACCACGGAUUCAGACGAUAUCCGUCGCCAUUAUUACGAGCGCAUGGACUCCCCGGAAGAAGUAUCCCGCUCUACGGGUGGAGUGGGGGACAUGGGAUCAUGGCGGCCACAAGCGACCGUUCAGACUU